AUGGACAAGCCUGAUAAGAUGUUCCUGAUUUAUUAUGUUCUGCAUUUCCUGGCCAGUUUCUCCAAUUCUAUAAACAAUUUUAUCUCUUGGUUCGCGAUGGCACUAACGGAUAUACUAUGCAUUCAUGAUCUUGAGAAGGCGGCACAAGGCAUGCUAAGCCAGCCAAUCCUCGACUAUUUCAAUGACGGGUCUGGAGACGGCGUUGCUCUCAUGGAGAAUAUUUCCGCCUUCGAAAAGUACAAAAUUCGGCCUCGAAUCCUCCGAAAUGUGUCCAAUAUAGAGACUAAGAAACGGGCAUUGGGGUCUACAAUGUCCUUCCCACUUGCCAUUGCCCCCACUGCAAUGCAGUGUAUGGCCCACGAAGAAGGCGAAAAGGCGACCGCCAGAGCUGCAGCUAGAGCCAAUGUCUUCAUGGGAGUCUCCACAUUCGCAACAACAACCCUUGAAGAUAUCAAGCAGUCUGGGGACUGUCUUUGUGACAACGUGUAUAUGCUACAGCUCUAUAUCUUCAAAGAUAGACACACUACGGAAAUAUUGGUCAAACGUGCAGAGUCUGCCGGCUACAAAGCCAUCCUUCUUACAUGCGACACCCCUAGGCUUGGGAACCGACACAGCAUGAUACGGAACAACUUCCGCUUACCCUCGCAUUUACAAUUACCUAACUUUGACCAAUAUAUUGGUAAAGAAAAGCUCGGUGAUGUAAAGUACCCGAAUACCACUGAUGACAACAUUACCUGGGAUGAAACGCUGUUGUGGCUGCGAUCCCUGACAAAAAUGGAAAUCUGGCUCAAGGGAAUUUCCACCGCCGAGGAUGUUGAGCUUGCGGUCCAGUCUUCUGCAAAUAUAACUGGUGUCAUUGUUUCGAACCAUGGCGGAAGACAACUGGACUCUGCUUUAUCAACGCUAGAUUCUCUAUCAGAGUGCGUGAAAGCAGCCAAGUCGAAAGAUAAAAGCUUUCAGGUGUGGUUUGACGGAGGUAUUCGAAAAGGAUGCGACAUCUUCAAAGCGUUGGCAUUAGGUGCCGAUGGUGUAAUGAUUGGGAGGGCAGUACUCUGGGGAUUGACGGUGGGAGGGGAAGAAGGGGUCUUCAAAGCUCUGAGCAUCCUUAGGGCAGAGUUUGAACUUACUAUGGCUCUCUCGGGUUGUCGGACUUUAUCAGACAUCAAGUCUUCAAAUUUGGCGAGGAAAGCCGAGGGUGGGUUUUUCACAAGACUGUAA